AUGGACACCGUAUUUGCUCCCGGAACACUUGCCAACGGACGAUUCCGAGUGAUGGAUAUGUUCCAUGCUAAAGAGACGCAGGUCUACAAUGUAAAAGACACGCAGCAAGGAGAUCUUGAAUGUAUCCUGAAACUGUACAAAAGAGAAAUAUUUGACGACGCGUACUACAACGAGACAAACUUCCUCAAGGCAUGCAAAGGGAAAAAGGGAUUCCCCUAUUUAUUCAGCGAGUUCUCCUUUACACAUGGAAACAUAGAGUGUGAUUGCAUUGUGAUGUCCGACGUUGGGGACACUUUGCUCUCCCAAUUGAAAAUGAGGUCGUAUCGGUCCACUAUGGCAAAUACCGUGCGUAUCGGUUAUCGAUGCCUUGAGCUCCUGGAGAAGAUGCACGCUAUGGGAUAUGUUCAUAUGGAUGUCCAUCAGCAGAACAUCAUGGUAGAACAUGAUUACGAUGGAGAGCUGAAGCUCAAUCUCAUAGACUUUGAGUUCACCAGCAAGAUUCUCCCGCCGCCAUCCUGUUACAAUUUUCUAGCGUGGCACUCAAGCCUAAAUGUGGCAACUCACGGCGACUACACACCAAUUGACGACUUGGUAUCGAUGGUCUUCAUUCUUUUCUCAACGCAAAGAAUCGAUCCAUUCAUGAGAAAAAUAGAAGAUUACAUCCAGAAAAAAGAAGAAUUCCAUGCCGACCCGAUGCGCCACUUUCCGAAUGCAGAAAGUCAGUGGCUUGGAAGAUUGUAUAUUGAGAUUGAAAGGCAAAGGACUGAUGGAUAUGACAAGUCUAAGAUUCUGGAAAUCUUGAAUGCGGCUGUGCCAGGAAUUGAUCCCCGAUCACCAAUCGAUUUCGGUUACCAACGCGGGACAUACUGGAUUAAAUAA